AUGAUAUCUUCUAGAGUCCAAGGUACCUUACCUAGCAAUACCGAAGCAAAUCCAAGAGAGCAGGUGCAAGCCAUUACCAUGAUGAGUGGUAAGGAGCUGCAAGAGGUGGAGAAGAAAGCAAAGGAAGAAGGUAAGAUGGGAGCAACCCUAGAAACCAAAAAGGAGGAAGAGCAGUCUGAUUCAAAGAAAGAGACAAGUCAACAGCUGCAAGUACCAUUUCCCAAUAGGCUUAAGCGACACAAAAUGGAAAAGGAAUUUGGUAAGUUUCUUGAAAUUUUCAAGAGUUUACAUAUUAACAUUCCUUUUGCAGAUGCCUUAGCCCAGAUGCCACACUAUGCAAAGUUCCUGAAGGAAAUAUUGGUGAACAAAAAGAAACUGGGAGAUGUGGCUACAGUUGCACUGAAUGAAGAAUGCUCAGCUAUCCUCCUCAACAAGCUGCCUCAGAAACUGAAAGAUCCAAAGAGUUUUACUAUUCCUUGCACAAUAGGCAGUUUAAAGAUUAAUAAGGCUUUGUGUGAUUUAGGAGCUCUGAUGCCCUAUUCGGUUUUUAAGAAAUUAGGGUUGGGUGAACCCCAACCCACUAGAGUUGCAUUGCAAUUAGCUAAUAGGUCCAUAAAGCAUCCUAGGGGAAUCAUAGAAGAUGUGCUUGUUAAGGUAAACAGGUCGGCUGAUCCCCUUGAGCUAUGCAUACAAGAAGGAGAAGCCAUAAUGGGAGAAAACGAAGAAAUUCAAAGCAUGGUGGUGUACCUGAAUUCCAAUCCACAGUUUCAAGGGAAGGGGUUCAUCAAGUUGGAGAACUUGGACAGACCCUCGAUGCUAGAAAGCAAGCCUUCAAUUGAAGAGCCGCCCACCCUUGAGCUGAAGCAACUCCCACCACACCUGGAAUAUGCCUUUUUAGAAGCACCUUCAGCCCUACCAGUGAUCAUAUCAACAGACUUGACCUCUUUGUAG